CCACAUGAUUUUGACAUGUCCACUCAAACGUUCACUGCCAAAACUUGAAACCAUUCACCAUGUCUCAGAGCCAGAAAGGACUACUGUUUGGUCCUAUGGUGCUGAAACGCGGCCACAAUCGUCUCCGAAAGCUACCGUGACGCGAGGACGGGAUACUGUUACCUGCAUUACACCUGUUCCGCAUGAAGCUUAUGUCCAGAUGCCGACCGUCUGAUUGUUCGACCCGGGUUGACCACGCACAUCAGAUUCAGAUAGGCUAGGCGUCCGAUGCAGUCCGGACCGUAAGUCGAGAUAAACAUCUCUUGGUUUGGUUCAAUUUCGGUCUGGUUCGCAGACUAGAAUCCACAUGUACAUAUGCGUCAGGGCUUCUCGGUCGCCACGUUCACCUAAUGUGGAUACUGAAGGUGAUUCCCAAUUGACAACUCGUCUCUUUCGAUACGGCGUGAUCAGUGGGUCAGUGCUCAUUCGAAAUCGCCUACUUGCAAGAGUACGACAUGGCGGCUCCGAGAGCUUCAGCGAUUUCGAAGUUGCACCCGCAACCAAGUGCAGAUGAGACAACUCUCGACAAGCUAGGAUACAAGCAGGAGUUUCAGAGGGAAUUCACUCCGCUAGAGGUAUCUGGACUUGCAUUCAGCUAUAUCGGAGUGGCUCCUUCAAUAGCCUCCGUACUCUUUUAUGCCAUCCCAAAUGGUGGGCCUUUCGCGAUGGUUUGGGGUUGGGCAGUUGCUUGUCCCUUUAUUAUGUGCAUCGGGUUGGCGAUGGCAGAGCUCGCAUCAGCAGCACCUACUUCUGGCGGUCUAUACUAUUGGACUUACUUGCUUGCUUCUCCACGAUGCCGUAAUUUUCUUUCUUGGAUAGUCGGCUAUUCAAAUACCGUAGAGAUUAUCACGGGAGUUGCUUCCGUAAACUGGGCCUGUGCAAUUCAAAUUACUGCAGCAAUCAGUAUUGCCUCCUCUGACCAGGCAUAUACGACUACCAACCAGCAACUCUACGGUAUAUACGCAGCUUUGGUUUUGUCACAUGCUGUCCUCGUGAGCUUCGGUACCAAAGUUUUGGCAAGGCUACAGAGACUAUACACGUUAUUGAGUGCGAGCCUUUGCAUCAUAAUCAUCAUUGCGCUUCCGAUCGCAACGCCACCAGAUUACCAAAACAGCGCAAAUUUUGCGCUAGGGGAUUUCACCAAUUUGGCCGGCUGGCCAUCCGGAUUCACGUUUAUUUUGAGCUUAAUGGCCCCUCUUUAUACAAUAGGGGGUUAUGAUGCUAGCGUUCAUAUGAGCGAGGAGGCUUCAAAUGCCGCUACUGCGAUACCAUGGGCAAUUGUCAGUUCCAUUGCUGUAUCGGCCGUCUUUGGUUGGGGAAUCAACGUCUGCCUUGCCUUUUGCAUGGGCACUGAUGUUGGUAGCCUCUUAAGUAGCCCUAUAGGGCAGCCUAUGGCCCAGAUCUUAUACAAUUCGCUCGGGCAGAAAAAGGCCCUGGCUCUAUGGUGUCUCAUCAUUUCAACAGGGUACAUGGUGGCAUCGAACUGCCUCCUGGUUGGCUCUCGCCAAACGUUUGCAUUUGCUCGUGAUGGCGCCCUCCCUUUUUCACGGUAUUUAUACCGGAUCAAUUGCUACACAGGAACACCCGUCAAUACAGUUUGGUUCGACAGCAUCUGCGCUCUGGCGAUUGGUCUUUUGUCGUUCGUGAGUAUCGAAGCCAUCAAUGCGGUGUUCACAAUUUCUGUCAACGCAUCGUAUAUCGCUUUCAUAACGCCGAUCACAACCCGCUUUGCGUUCAAGAAUGAUUUUAAACCCGGUCCAUUUCAUCUGGGGAAACUGAGCUUUCCAGUCGCUGCGAUCGCUGUGGUGUGGAUGGUCUUCAUGAUCGUUGUUUUCUGCUUUCCCGCGACCCCGCAAACGACGACACAACAAAUAAACUAUACAGCUGUGGUACUUGGAGGGUUCAUGUUUCUGGCGAUUUCCUGGUAUUAUUGUCCGGUGUACGGAGGCGUACAUUGGUACACUGGACCCAUAUCCAACUUUACACUGACUAUCAGAGAUGAGGAUUCGAUGUCGGAGAAGAAGGAACAACAUGAUGCAGAUAUCUCUGUUUCAGUGGCUGAUGUAUAAGUAAUGUUCGUAUAUCAUCUGAAGUCAUCAGUAUAUACAAAUGAUACAUAUCAAUCAUUUCCCGACUGCGAUUGGCUUGUACCCAAUUGUUUGAG